GCGUUGCUGCUGUCACAGCCAUCGGCAAAUGGUCAUCCCAGGACACUUGGCUGGUGCAAAGGAGCCUCCACGUCGCCCCACCGCUGGCCAGGAGGAUCAUUCUCCAAGGACAGUGAGUGAGCAGGUACUGUGCCUCCUAAUAUCCCCAAAAUGAACCUCAGCAGCUGCAGUAUCACAGCCUAUGAAAGCUUUCCACUUGUCCAGCUGUGUGUUUACAUCCCAAUUUUGCUUUUGGGCAUUUUGCUGAAUAUGUUAGCACUGUGGGUGUUCUGCUGCAAACUCCCCAAAUGGACAGAAACCAGAGUAUACAUGGUCAACUUGGCCAUGGCUGACUGUUUGCUGCUCUUUACUUUGCCUUUUAAAACUUUAUCCCAGUUCCAUCAGCUGAAGGUAAGUAGAUGGUGCCUGGCUCUGGAAGGCGGCUACUUCAUAAACCGCUUAAUGAGUAUCAGUAUUGUCACCGUGGUAGCAGCUGAUAGGUACCUUGCCAUCAAGUACCCUUUGAAAGCCAAAGUGCUGAGAUCACCACUAAAGGCAGCUUUUGCCUCUGGAUUUCUUUGGAUAGUCAUCAUCUGUGUGAUGUCCCUCAUUAAGAAAUUGGAGGACCGGAGAAAAGAUGAAUUCUGCUUUGAAAAGUCUUCCGUUAAGCCCUCGGUGAUCACGCUGUGUGCCAUCAUCGUAGGGUUUUUCAUACCGUUGAUCAUCUUGAGCUACUGCUCCAUACAAGUCAUUGCAGAACUCAUGAGAAAGAAGAGUGAGGACUGUCACAAGGAAAAGUUAAUCAGGAAGGCUGUCUACAUUGUGUCUGCAAACUUGGCUGUGUUCAUCAUAUGCUUUUUACCUCUUUACGUCGGGCAUCUCGUUCGCUUUAUAAUGGACUCCAUCAGCUCCAACUGCUCUGCAAUACAGAGGGUUAAUAACUUUGUUCACCUCGCCUCAGUCCUUGCAAACACAAACUGCUGCCUGGAUGCUAUUUGUUACUAUUUUGUCAACAAGGAAUUUAAGGAAGCAUCUCCUAAGCUAGCAAAGUCCAAAUCUGAAGCCAGCGAAGAGGCUGAAAUUCAGCUCCCGCGCAGAACAAACUAGUGCAAAACACACGCAGCACGUCUUAUGCUUGUUACGUUCAACUGGGGCUCAAAAGCACGAUGUCACCCUUGUUUUUUGUGUGAGUGGGAUGGAGGGACUUUCUGCUGAUGGGAAGUAUUCAGGCACAUGAAAAUUAGCCCUGAUUCAGAUAACCACAUCAGUCCAGACCCUGAUGUAAUGAUCUAGUUUGCAACUGAUAAUUUUCCGUCUUAGGCAAAUUUGAGUUAAGAGUUAGUUUCUUCUGCAAAAACAGUCUUUCAUUUUCCCAGAAAAACCAAAACAAAUUCACCCAGUGAUAAACUGGGGGGUUUUUUGUCCCUUGCCCCCACUUUGGAUCAGUUUUCAUGCAGCUGUAGGUGUGACAAAGAAAGAGAGGUUAUUCCAAAUAUCAAAAAGAAAAAAAGAGUCAAAAUGAAACUGCUGCAGAAAAAAGGGACAUUUUUAUAAGUUACAGACAUUUUGCUCUUUAGUUGGUAAUAAUACACAAUCAUUGGUGCAGAGGCAGAUUUAGCCUGCUUUAGACAGCUUUAUAGCACCAUUGGUGGUACAUAACAGCUACAAAACCAUCAUCAAUUGCAAUGAGGCCAGAAGAAAUCACAAUUGCUUGUACUGGGGAAAAAAAAAUAUGUCAAAAGUGUUUGAGUCAAAAUGGCAUUGUAUUAAAGAUCUAUUCAACCUUAUAAUGUAAAGGACUAUCUAAAGAAAGAGGCAGCAACUAUUCCAAGGAA